UUGGCUUAGAGCAAGUCCAGCAAGCUCCCAGUUAGGAGUCCUAGUCAUCAAGCUCUCAAGAGCUCUCAAGCAAUUUGGUAUAAAAAAUUAUAAAAAUAGGCCUUGGGAGCAUCUCCUUAUUUUAUGGAGCUCCAACAAGCUCCUAGUUAGGAGCUCCAACAAUAUCAAAAAAACCCCUCUUCUAUUUUAAUAUUUUACCCAUUACUUUUAAUUAUAUUUAAACCUCUUGUAUUUUAUUUCUAACCGUUGGAUACGGUCUUCGAGGGAGCGCACAUGGUCUUCGAGCUAGCCCGCGGCUUUCGAGGGUACGCACACGGUCUUCGAGGUAACGCACACGGUCUUCGAGGGUACGCACACGGUCUUUGAGGUAACUCGCGGUCUUCGAGGGAACGCACACGGUCUUCGAGGUAGCUCGCGGUCUUCGAGAACAAAAUGUCUAGCUCAUCUAGCUCAAGCGAUGAUGAAACGAUGAAAACGUUCUUUUUUAUGGGAGCUGCUGUCGUCGCGGAAGAAGAACAAGGGAAAGGUUCAACUUCAGUUCAACACAAAAGAUGUACCGUGCUCCAUCGAUACCGACUGGAAGGCCACAAUCGGUUGUUCCAAGAUUAUUUUGCUGACACACCAACAUAUCCUCUUCAUUAUUUUCGUCGAAGAUUCAGAAUGUCGCGUUCGUUAUUCCUUCGAAUCCACGACGCUGUCGUCGAACAUGACAAGUACUUCGUCCAAAAGAGGAAUGGUGCUGGACAGUUAGGACUAUCUAGCCUUCAAAAGAUUACUGCAGCUAUGCGGAUGCUCGCAUAUGGAGCAUCCGCUGACGCCGUUGACGACUACGUUCGGAUCGGUAAAAGUACGUCGCUUGAGAGCGUGAAGAGGUUCGUUCGAUCGAUUAUCAACAUCUUUGGGGAGGAAUACCUUCGUUCACCGACUAAUGACGACGUUGCACGCCUGCUUGAGGAGGGUUCACAACGAGGUUUUCCUGGUAUGCUUGGGAGCAUCGACUGCAUGCACUGGGUAUGGAAGAACUGUCCAACCGCCUGGCAAGGUAUGUAUACUGGGCAUUUUCAUGAACCUACAAUUAUUUUGGAGGCCGUAGCUAGCAAAGAUCUUUGGAUAUGGCAUGCCUUCUUUGGACUGCCGGGGUCUCACAAUGACCUCAAUGUGCUACAUCGUUCACCGGUUUUCGCACAACUUGCGGAGGGAAGAGCUUCACCGUGCAACUAUACUGUUAAUGGCCACGAAUACAAUAUGGGAUACUAUCUCGCCGACGGGAUUUACCCAGAGUGGUCCACAUUAGUGAAGACUAUUCCAGCACCACGAGGAAACAAGCAUAAAUACUUUGCUCAACAACAAGAGAGCGCAAGAAAAGAUGUUGAGCGAGCUUUUGGCGUGUUGCAAGCUCGAUUUGCGAUUGUUCGUGGACCAGGACGUUUCUGGCAACCUAGUGUGCUGAAAGACAUCAUGACAGCUUGCAUCAUAAUGCAUAACAUGAUCGUUGAAGAUGAACGAGAUUGUCAAUUGGACAACAACUUCGACUUUAAUGAUUCGAUACCAGUCGUUGAACCUUCUCAUGUGCAGACGGUGCCUCUAACUGAGUUCAUCCAAAAUCAUCAUCGGAUCAGGAACACGCAAACACACAAAUCACUAAAGAAUGAUUUGAUCGAGCAUCUGUGGCAGCUCAAGGGAUCCAUCGACGAGGAUUAAGUUUCUUUAUGUCUAAUGUAAUUUCAGCAAAGAAGUUCGAGUUGUUGUACUACGCCAAUUUUCUUUUCAAUGAAGUAGUUGUUUUCAUUAAAUGCCAAAAUUUUCAACUUCAAGUAGAAUCAUAAAUCUAAUACAAGAUAAUUAGGAAGAACUAAUUAGGAUGCGAUGCGAGUACAAUCAUAAAUCUAAUACAAGAUAAUAUAUGAUAAUUAGGAAGAACCCUUAGACAUCCACCUCUCCAAUA